AUGUCCUCUACUAUUUUCUACCGCUUUAAAUCACAAAAGGACACCCUGCGGCUUUUCUUUGACGGUACGGGUAUCACAGUCUUUGACUUGAAGAAAGAGAUCAUCUUCCUCAACAAGCUCGGCACAGGCGCCGACUUUGACUUGCGGCUCUACAACGCCGACACCGAGGAAGAAUACAGCGAUGACACGCAGGUCAUACCACGUUCCACAUCUGUGGUUGCCAGACGGUCACCCGCUAUCCGCAACGGGAAGGGCUCCGCGCUGAGAUAUGUUACGGGGAAACCCCGCAUUGUGCGAAAUGCCAACGUCAAAACUGCGGUCACCACGGCCGCGAUCACAAACUCCGCGAGCGCCUCUGCGAUGGCGGCGGCUGCCUCCAAUGGUGAUAUCUCUGAGGAAGACAAGGUGAAAUUGAUGUUCCAAACCCAGGCGGAUGUCUGGAAGACCACCCAGGACGACAUGUCCACCAAGACCGCAGUGUACUUCAAAACCGUCCCCGGGGCAGUCCAGGCAGCCGAAGAUGCUCCUCCUCCGGGCUACAUGUGCUACAGAUGUGGCUCCAAGGAGCAUUGGAUCAAGAAUUGUCCUACCAACGACGAUCCCAAUUGGGAGGGCAAGCGUAUCAAGCGCACCACUGGUAUUCCAAAGUCCUACUUAAAGACGAUUGAAAAGCCCGCCAGUGCCGAUAACCCAAACCCAGGUGACGAUGACGCCAACAACUAUAUGAUCACCGAGGACGGGAAGUACGUCGUGGCUAUGGCCGAUAAGAGCACCUGGGAGGCGUACCAGAAGAAGUCGCAGCAGACAAAGGUCCAGCACUACGAGAACUUGCCCCUGGAAUUGAAGGACCCGCUUACGGGAAACAUCUUCAACAAACCUGUCAAGACGCCGUGUUGCGGGGAGGUCUACUCACUUGAGUCCGUGGAGAAUGCGCUCUUGGACUCUGACUUUGUUUGUCCUAACUGCUCACAAACCGAGGUGUAUUUAGAUAGUCUAGAACCAGCGGAAGAUAUACAGGCAAAGCUUGAUGAGUUUAUCAAGGCGAAUGAACUGUCUGGGAAGAGACUGCACGAUGAAGAAGGGGAAACUGCCGACCAGAAGCGAGCCAAGGUGGGAGUGCCAGCACUCCCAAAGAUGCCCGUGAUGCCAAACGGAGCUCAGUUUUUUGUACCACCACCGUUCAUGUUCCAAUCGCCAACCGGGGAACUCUGGAUAGAAUUCUCUGGUCGUGCGCUACACACACUCGCCUCCCAUCCGCCACACCCAUCCACAAUGUUUUAUUCAAAUUUGGGGAUCAAAGUUCACUCCAACCCUUCCACGCCUAUUACAUCCAACCAAAGCAACUACAAUAUGGCAUCCAAGAACAUCCCGUUAUCCACUGAUGAACACGUGGACAUGUCCCAGAUGACUUUUUUCGAAAAGGCAAAGUUCCAGUGCAUGCAGCAGCCGUUGGUUCCGAUUGGAACGUUGGCCACCUUCGCCGCCGUUUUCCUUGCCGCCGGUAAUGUCAGAACCGGUAACCGUGCGGGGGCACAGAAGUGGUUCCGCUACAGGGUCAUUGCUCAGGCUUUCACAUUGGUGGCCUUGGUUGGUGGUGGAUUGUACUACCGUCCGUUGACGGGUGAUAAGAAAGAGAUCCACGACAACGCGAUCAAGGAGAAAGCCAGAAGCAGAGAGCGUUUGUGGAUCGAAGAAUUAGAGAGACGUGACCAGGAGGAGCAGCAGAGAAAAUGGAGGGCCGAGAGGGUUAGAGCGAUCAAGGAAAAGGGCGCAUUGAAGGAGUUGGAACUCAUGGAGGAGGCUAAGGCUGGGAAGAUUGAGUUAGCCCCUAGGGUCGAAGUCUCAAAGGCUGAAGCCUUAAUGACUGACGAUAAUGAGUAG